CGCAGCCAAUCUGGGGGGCUCGUCCAUUUUUCGGUGCGAGUCAGGCACGUCAGUGGGGUGAUGCUACGGCCCUGGGAAGGGGCUGGGAGCGCCGCGGGACGUGGUGGUGGUGGUGGUGGGGCACAGCCCGCCCGCUCGGGCUUGUAAGCGCCGCCGCUGAGGGGAGCGCUGCUUCCUCCUUCCCCGGCCCGCCCGCCAAGGCCAGCCCCAUGGCUGGGGGCGCCGGGCCUGCCUCUGAGCCGCGCUCCCUCACGGAGCCGAGAUCCGCUCCCGCUGCCUGAGGCUGUUGCUUGCAGUUACCGUCCUGGCGUCAAGAGGAAAACCCCAAAUCUAGCCUUGUUGUGGGCUGCUGGCUUCUCCUGAAGCUCGGGAGGGAACAGAGGGGACGUCCUUGCAUUUCAUGUUUCGUCAGCCCGACAGCAUUUUGGCUUUGAUUCCAUCUUGCUCCUACCUGUUCCCGGACAGUGACGGGGAGGAGAAGAGGCACUAUCCCACCAUGUCCCGUUACAGCCUCCACAACCUCCUGGACUGGCUGUACGGGGGGGUGGACCCCAGCUUUGCUGGCAAUGGAGGGCCAGAAUGCGCUGCCUUUCUCUCCGGGCAGCAGCGUCUGCUGGAGAGCUUGGUCUUCCUCAGCGUGGGUUUUGUGGAGAUCCUGCUGUCCCUGUGGAAGCUGAGGCAGCUGCAUUGCAGGGAGCUGGAGGGUCAUCUGCUACAGCAGCCCCAGGCUAAGCAGGAGAGCUUGGGCAAAAAUCUGCUACUGGUGGCUCUCUGUCUCAUCUUUGGGCUGGAGGUGGGGUUCAAGUUUGCUACCAAGACUGUCAUUUACCUACUGAAUCCAUGUCAUGUGGUCACUAUGAUGCAGAUUUUUCUUCUUGCCUGUCCUCCAUGUCGGGUUGCAAUGAUUCUUUUCAGGUUACAGAUGCAUAUGUUAAAUGGGGCUCUCUUAGCAUUGCUGUUUCCUGUUGUUAACACGCGCCUGCUUCCAUUUGAAAUGGAAAUCUAUUACAUCCAGCAUGUGAUGCUCUACGUUGUGCCCAUCUAUCUGCUGCGGAAAGGAGGUGUCUACACUCCAGAACCACUCUCCAAUUUCUGGUGGGCUCUUCUAUCUACUGGGCUUAUGUUUGUAUACCAUUUUAGCAUCUUGCAGAUUCUGGGACUGGUCACAGAAGUGAAUCUGAACAACAUGUUGUGCCCAGCCAUUUCAGACCCUUUUUAUGGGCCCUGGUAUCGAAUCUGGGCAUCUGGACAUCAGACUGUCAUGACUAUGACUCAUGGGAAGCUUGUAAUCCUACUGUUCUACAGUGCUGUCCCCAUCUUCAAAUGUAGCAUGGACUUGUUUAGAUUUCCCACUAAGAAAAUAGACUGAAAUUUCUCCUCAGGGAAUAGUACAUACAGGAAGCAGAGACACCUAAACUCAUACUGGAAAAGAAAGAGGAGGGAUGAGAGGACUGUGUGUUUAUACUUCUUCCCACAGUUUAUUGCCUCAAAAACACCUCUGUAAUCAAGUGAGUGUUUUUUCUUUUAACUGCUGUUUCUCACUGUUAAUUGCCAAUGGCAAAAUUAGUGGCCUUAUUCUGGAAAUGGUUCGUGUUUUAUACAUUUUGUGUAGAUUACAGUAGAAUCUUGCUAAGCCACCCUUUAAAAUUAAGCCCAGGAUCUGUCCACAUUCCAGCAAAGAGAGUGUCAGUGCUACCUCGUUUUAUGACUUUUUUUUCCUACUAAAUAUCAGUACACUUACAUCCCAGGACAGGAAAUAAAGCUGAAUUAUAACUCACCACUGAUAAGAACAGAGCAUAUCUUGAAGUGCAUCAUCCUGGCUAAUUCUCAGUGCUUGAAUGUUGUAAAAUGGUCACAGUGAAGAAAUGUAUGCUGAAUCUCCCAGUGACAAGUGUGAAACAAUGAGGUUCUACUGUGUUUUCAUUAAGCUGGUUGAAAAUAUUGGAGAACAACAGUAACUUGUGACAAUAUUUGUAACAACAAAAAUUGUAAACAAAAAUUAUGUUUUAACUUGACUACUAUAUUUCUAAGCUGCUGCGGAUUAAUAUCUGACUUGGUCCCAUUGUAUCUUAAAGCUUUGGAGAUGUUUUUAUUUGAGUGACUGGAAAAACAUCAGGUUGAAACUAUUUCAAAAAGCCAUGUAACAUCUAGGCUAAAAUAGAUAUUUCAUCCACUGUUCUGACCUACCUUUGAACAAAAUGGUUAUUGACAUUUAGCUUAGACUGGAGAGGGAGGGAGUAGAGAUAAAGUCCAAUGUGAACAUCCGAUUUUUUUUUUUUUUAAACUUACUAGCUUUUGAAACAUUCCUGCUCUGUGCUCUACACUGACCUCAGCAGAGUGGUUAGUCAGGGAACAAAAUUAAAUUAUUUUUUCUCUACAGCUCUAAUAAGCUGUGUAUACUGAUUUAAAAGUAUAGAUAUAAAAUGGAGAGUUAAGUCAGUUCACCCUCUAAUAUAGAGGCAGUGUUCCAGUUUACUAGUAUGACUGCAUUUAUAUUAAGAGAUAGCACUAAAUUUCUUGUUGACACGUUUUGGAGUAGGAUAGGAUGCAAGUAGACAGCAUUCUAAAUAGUAAACUGUGUGUACCUCUUCAGAUUUUCCAAGUCUAGAGGGAGAAAUUGUUAGGCAGAAAGAUGGGAAAUCGUGACCUGUAUAUAUUCAGAUAGUUUGAAGUCCAUUGUUUGUGCAGACUGUUGUUAUUUCAGGGCUGCAGGAAUUGUGUUGUACAGAAGUUUGUUGCAAUUUAUAGAUUUUUUUCAUUGUAUUGUCAUAGCUGUGACUUGUAAGAUAAAACCAUCAUACCUUCUCCUCCAGCUCAGUCACCUGAAGAUAUAUUCUGAAGUUAAGGUACAAACAUGCAUACCUCAAGAAGAAAAGUAAGAAUGA